AUGAAUGGGGUACCUCUAGAAAGUGUUGAGUUUGCUAGUAUCAAACAGAUCAAUCCGGAUCUUGAAGGGGAUCAUUAUUUGCAAUUGAACGUUGAAAACACCUUUGAAUGGAUAAAUUACGUGCAGAACUUGGUGCAGAGCAAUACAACAGAUGGAAUUGUCGUGUUUGUCGACUGCGCGUACCAAUUUGGGACGCCAGAGAUAAAGAACUCUGGGUUCUACGCUAUUAAACAGAAAUUCACACAAUCUCACGGAAACAGCGCCGAUGUUUUCGAUAACGUGGUCAUCAUCCAUAGAGACUCGCUCCAGGAUAUCAACCACCUUUUGGCCAACAUCUUUGAGUUUAUUCCGCCUGAACACUGCCACAAGUCGCUAAACUGCAUUGUUGUUUCCAACGUGUCAAUAUUCUACUGGGACCUCAGAGAUGCUGAGAACUUCGACCAGCUGGCUGACUUCCACACGAUCUGCAAACACCAGGCUGCAAAACUUGGCUGCUACGUGGUUUCCACCAGAAGCCUGUUUGACUGA